AUGAAAACUACUCUCGGAGGAUAUUUCAACUCUAGAACGAUGUACAAAAAAGGGAAGUUCUUCAUUUUUUUUUAUUUUUUAUUUUUUCUCCAAAAUCUUUGCUCAACUCUAGCUUUCAAUGAGGCUGGAGUUCCAAGUGACAUAUGGGAAGAAUGCUUUGGCCAGCCAACACAAGACCAUACUGAUAUCACAAAUAACACGAAACCAACUAUUUCUUCAGACUUUUUCUUAUUUUCUUCCGAAUUCAAAGAUUUUUCUGACAAUGUUAUUAAUUGCGAAAAGAAUUCUAUCAAAUUACUUCAUUCUAUCUGCACAUACAGUAAUAUUAAUCGCCCAUCAGGCAACGGUGGCUGCAUCUACUUCUCAUGUUCUAGUUCUAUUGUUCAAGACCGAUUCUGUUCAUUUAAAUGCUACACAAAAGACUAUGGAAAACAUUCAUACACAUAUGUUAAAACAAAUACAAACAAAAAUGUUGUAAAUUUAACUUCUCUCUAUCAAUGCGGUCAUGAUUACACUGGAUCUGCCAGUAUAUAUCAUAACUACGGAUUACAAAGUCUAAUUUCUACAAACAACACUAAAACAAGAUGUAGGGACUAUGCUGGUUAUUAUUUUCUAAAUAGUCCAGUUAAUAUUAACUAUUGUUGUUUCAUUUCUAAUGAUAAUCAUGAAUCAAAUUAUGUUUGCAUGUAUCAUUAUAAAACACCUGAUUCAUUUGUGAAAAAAUCUUUAUUCAGAAACAACUCAUGUUAUACUAGUAAUUCAUAUUAUGGUCUUAUUACCUCUUCUUAUUCAUCAUCAAAUGUUACUGUUUCAGAAUGUAUUUUCUUAAAAAACAAAGCAAGUAAUACUUUUAGUGCAUAUAGUGCUAUUAUAACAGUUAUAAACUGUACUGGAGAUGUUUUGACUGCAAGUAGUUAUGAUGCUUCAGUUUAUACAAAUGAAAUGAAAGUUUGUUCUUUUGAUCUUACACUUUCAUUGCAUGCAUUAGGAAGUUGUGAAGCAUCUCCAAUUUCAUUUGAACUUAUUUUAUGUCUAAGUAAACAUAAGAAAAAACAUUUUUUUGGAUUUCUUCUUUCAUUUAAUUUUUCUCUUGAAUGUUUCAUAAACAUAUCUCGUAAAUAA